AUGGACAUGCAAGCUGUUUUCCUAGAACCAAAAUCCAAUGUGUCAGCACUUUAUUAUAAAAUUAAAUUAGCUGUCAUCGAUUUUACCUUCUACGAUCUGAAAACUGAAGAUGAAUCCUGCUUUGUAUGCAACGAAUCAGAAGGAGGAUUAACAGCAAGUGUAUAUGCUUCAAAUAUAAUGAAUUUCCUUGCUAGAGGAACUGACAAGCAUCAGGUGCCGUAUAUCAUCUACAGUUAUGGAUGUACAAGUCGAAACAGGAAUGUGACAUUAUCCAAUGCUCUAUUAAAUUUAGCACUUUUUUUAAAAAAUAUUACCAUUUUCCAAAAAUAUUUAGAGCGUGGGCAUAUCCAGAUGAAGUGCGAUUCGAUGCACUCCACCAUUGAAAGGCAGAUAAAAAAUGCAAUAAUAAACGUUUCUGCAGACUGUAUUACGAUAUUCAGAGCUGCUCGCAAAAAUCCUUCUCCGUAUAAAGUUGAGUAUUUAAACCACCAGUUCUUCAAAGACAUUAGUUCUCUCCAAUAUUACCCUUCUAUUAGACCUAGGACAUCUGUCACAGUAAACUGUAUAAGACAACUCAGAUAUGACUAG